AUGUCGGCCGUGAUUCUCCGGCCCGAGGUCAGCAGCCAUAUUGUACAUGUCGACAGGCCCGGUCACAAGCUUGGUGAGGAACGUCUACUUGGCCUUGAAGAAGUCGAGGACGAUGACGCAGUAGCCACAAGUACCGUCAACGUCGGGGAUGUUGGUACGAUGGAGGUACACGUCGGACUAGAUGGAUGA